UCCUGCAGAGGGAACUGUUUUAUAAACGACAUGUCUGGACGAGGAAAGACCGGCGGCAAAGCCAGGGCUAAGGCCAAGACUCGCUCUUCUCGUGCUGGCCUCCAGUUUCCCGUUGGCCGUGUCCAUAGACUGCUGCGUAAAGGGAACUAUGCGGAGCGUGUUGGUGCCGGAGCUCCCGUCUACCUGGCGGCUGUCCUGGAGUAUCUAACAGCUGAGAUUCUGGAGCUGGCUGGAAACGCUGCUCGUGACAACAAGAAGACCAGAAUCAUCCCCCGUCACCUGCAGCUGGCUGUCCGCAACGAUGAGGAGCUCAACAAGCUGCUUGGCGGAGUGACCAUCGCUCAGGGAGGAGUGCUGCCCAACAUCCAGGCAGUCCUGCUACCCAAGAAGACCGAGAAACCCGCCAAGACUAAAUGAAGACCCU